AUUACGUUUGCCUCUGUCCGACGCUUGGAAUACUGCACCAGGUCUUGUAGUUCUGGUACUUCUUUUCAACAUUCGUUUUACAGCUACUUACCUCGAAAACAGAUCCUCUGAUCGAGGUGAACAUCAGUCGCUGAAGAUCAGUCGCUAAUCACAGGCACCAAACAAGAUGGCAGCUCCAGCACCUUCGAGUCUUCUUUUGCACGAGCGCACCUCGUCCCUGGGGGCUGCGCGUCGCACUGUGGCUGGUCGUGCUGCGAGUUCACGUGUCAAGCUGGCUUCUACGGUCCUGUCCGGUGUCUUGGCUUGUGAAUUUUUUUUCGGGCUCCACCAUCCGGCCUCCACCAUCGUCGUUUUUGGUUUGCAAGUGAAGGCGGUAAAAACACCAGCGACUUCGGAGAAGUCUCAGGAACACUAUCAGGACCAGUCCUCUUCGCAUGAGAUGUUGUGGAGUUACCGUGGCGCCGGGAACCACUUUCACAUGGACGGGCCCUUUCCGUUGGUCACGCACAAAUUAAAGAGAAAGAACACAACUUCCUCAGGAACUACUACGUCGUCCACGACACCAAACGCAUCUGGAGGUGCUCCAGGCGAGUACGAAUUCUCGCUCUCUUCAGAAGCUAUCUCUAUGUUGCAAAAGUGGCCGGGACCCUUUUACGUGGCCGCCGUGCACGGGACCUUUCGCAGCGGGAAGAGCACGCUGCUGACACUGUUGGCGCGGGAAAUGGCCGGGGCGCACUACUACCAGUCGGGCAGGGGCAGUCCGCGGGCGGGCAGUGGCGGGGGAAGUGGUACGGCA